AUGACGGGGAGCCCCAUGCCCGCGCUCGAGCCGUGGGUCCUGGCAGCCGUCUCCGGUUCCCCUCCAACACCGGGACGGAGAGAUGGGGCGUCCCCGAAUGCCAACGCGCCCCCAGAGGGGCACUUCCCCUGGGUGGGCCCGAAGACGGUGGUGCUGCGGAAGAGCUUGCAGGGGGGAUUCGGCUUCACCCUCCGCCACUUCAUCGUCUACCCCCCGGAGUCAGCGGUGCACUCCACUGCCAAGGAGGAGGAGAACGGGAACCGAGCAGGUCCCCCCCGGAGCCGCCUGGAGCCCAUGGACACCAUCUUUGUGAAGAACGUGCGGGAGGACGGGCCGGCGCACCAGGCUGGGCUGCGCACCGGGGACCGGCUGGUCAAGGUGAACGGGGAGAGCAUCAUUGGGAAAACCUACUCACAGGUCAUCGCACUGAUCCAGAACAGUGACGAUGUGCUGGAGCUCUCCAUCAUGCCCAAGGACGAGGACAUCCUCCAGCUGGCGUAUUCGCAGGAUGCCUACCUGAAGGGCAACGAGCCGUACUCCGGUGGGGCACAGAGCAUCCCCGAGCCCCCUCCCAUCUGCUACCCACGGAAGACGUACCCCUUCCAGGCGCGGGGUGCCGAGUCUCCCUCGGGCCAGCCGCCGGACGCCCGCACCCACCGCCCCGCCGCCGCGAGCCCCUCAUCCCCACUCGGCACGGCCACGCUCGCCAGCACCCGGAGUGAGGCGGGUGGCAGCCCCGCGCACCGCCCCGACGAGCCGCAGCCCGGGGGUCCUCCCCCACUCCCCACCGCACCCCACGGGCACCCCGGCUCCUUCUCCCGCACCAGCUGCCCCAGCAACGUCGCAUCCUCUCUGCCUGACCGCUAUGGGAUCCCUUCCGCCACCCCCUCCUGCUACGGGGUCCCCAAGCACCUCACGGAGCACCGGACUCACUGUGGCUUCAAGGAGGGUGUCGGGGGGCUGGCGGGGGCCGGGCGGCCCCCCCGGGAGGCAGCGGGCAGCCAGCGGGCACCCAGCCGGCAGGAGUGCCAGCAGGCUCUGUCCCGCUGGUUUUGCAGCCAGGAGCCACGGCGGAGCGCCUCGGAGGAGCGGCGGCACGCCAUGCCGCCCCGUUACCGCAGCGUGUCCCAGGACCGGCUGGGGGGCUCGGCGGCCGCCCCCCGGGGCUGGCCCCACAGCGCCUCACACGACACCUUGCUGCAGCCCUCCCGCGAGGGCUGGGCGCCCCGUGCCCGCUCCGACCACUACCUGGGCAGGUAUGGGCGCUCCAUGGAGGCGCUGGAGCCCGGCGCCCUGCUCUCCCCUCACCUCGACCGCUCCGCGUGGCCACCUGAGAGGGUCUGCCGGGCCACCGUCGCCACCCCGGCGCCCGUGCAGAAGCACCCAUCACAGCCCAACCUGCAGAGCGCAGAUGAUUCGGGCUACAUCGGCUACCGGAGCUACAGCCCGUCCUUCCAGCGCCGCACCGGGCUGCUGCACGCCCUCUCCUUCCGUGACCCAGCUUUUGGUGGCCUGCCCACCUUCAGCAUCUCGCAGCGGCCGGCUGCCGCCCCCCCGCCGGUCCCUACCGCACCCAGGGAGAAACGGCCAGAGAGCAACCGGGUGCCCGAGCAGCUGGAGGAGCGGAGGGAAGAGGUGGGUCUGCGGCAGAAGCCGCCCACGGGCCGCAAGAUGCCGCCCCCCCUGCGGCAGAUGAACUUUGUCUUUCCCGAGGGGGUGAAGGAGACGGACAUUUGUGACCCCCCGCUGGCUGGCGGCAAAGGGGAGAGGCCGGCAGCCGAACGGCAAGGCCGGCGCGUGGCUCCCUUGGCAGCCCCCGAGGACUCGCUGGCGUCCAUCCCCUUCAUUGACGAACCCACCAGCCCCAGCAUCGACCUGAAGGCCAAGCACGUUCCUGCCUCCUCGGUGGUCUCCAGCGCCAUGAACUCGGCGCCCGCCGUUGCCACCAGCCCCUCCUCGCCCACCUUUGCCUUUGCUCUGAGCCGGCACUACUCCCAGGACUGCAGCAGCAUCAAGGCCGGUCGCCGCUCGUCCUACCUCCUGGCCAUCACCACCGAGCGCUCCAAGUCCUGCGACGAUGGUCUGAAUGCAUUUCGGGAUGAGGGGAAGAUCCUAAGGAGGAUGCCCAGCCGGGUCCCCAGCCUCCGCAUGCUGAGGAGCUUCUUCACCGAUGGGUCUCUGGAUAGCCUCGGCACGUCUGAAGACGCCCGCUCCAAAAGACACUCAACCUCCGACCUCUCGGACGUCCCGUUCAGCGCCGUGAGGAAGGAGGGCUGGCUCCACUGCAAGCAGAUCCUCACCAAAAAGGGGAAGAAGGUCGGUGGAGGCAUCCGGCAGUGGAAGCGCGUCUUCGCUGUGCUGCGCACCCACUCGCUGUACCUGUGCAAAGACAGGCGGGAGGCGGUGACCUGCGCCCCGGCCCCAGGUGAGGAGGAGCCGCCGAUCAGCAUCCGAGCGUGCCUGGUGGACAUCUCCUACAGCGAGACCAAGAGGAAGCACGUCUUCCGGCUGACGACCGCUGACUUCUGUGAAUAUCUCUUUCAGGCAGAGGAUCGGGAAGACAUGCUGGCCUGGAUCAAAGUCAUCAGGGAGAACAGCAAGGCCGAGGGCGAGGACCCCGGUUUUGCCAGCCAAGCGCUUAUCAACAAGAAGUUAAACGACUACCGGAAAGUGAGCCCCGCGGGCGCCAAGCCCGACUCCUCGCCCAAGGGCUCUCGUGGGCUGGGGAUCCGAGCCGAGUUCCUGAAGCAGACAGGAACCAGCGCGCCCCGGUCCCCCAGGCAGGAUGCGGCCGUCACGAAAGAUGAGAGCGGCACCCAAAAAGCCCCGUGGGGCAUCAACAUCAUGAAGAAGAACAAGAAAUCUGCCCCCCGGGCCUUCGGCGUGAGGCUGGAGGACUGCCAGCCUGCCCCGGACAACAAGAACGUCCCCCUGAUCGUCGAAGCCUGCUGCAAGGUGGUGGAGGACCGAGGGCUGGAGUACAUGGGCAUCUACCGCGUUCCCGGGAACAAUGCGGUGGUGUCCAGCCUGCAGGAGCAGCUCAACAAGGGAGCCACCGAGAUCAACCUGCAGGACGAGCGGUGGCAGGAUCUGAACGUCAUCAGCAGCCUGUUGAAAUCCUUCUUCCGAAAGCUGCCCGAGCCCCUCUUCACUGAUGGUGAGUCGCUGCACCCUGGCCAUGCACUUCCCCCCGGGGGCCAUCGGGAGAGGUGACCUGGUGCCUCCCCGCAGAUCCGGGACCUGCCAGGUCACUACUAUGAGACGCUCAAGUUCCUGGUGGGUCACCUGAAGACCAUCGCUGACCACUCGGAGAAGAACAAGAUGGAGCCCCGAAACCUGGCCCUGGUGUUCGGCCCCACGCUGGUGCGGACAUCCGAGGACAACAUGACCGACAUGGUGACGCACAUGCCUGACCGCUACAAAAUCGUGGAGACCCUCAUCCAGCACUCGGACUGGUUCUUCAGUGACAAGGAGGACAAGGGCGAGAAGACCCCCGUGGAUGAGAAGGAGGCUCAGUCCGUGCCUAACAUCGAGUACCUGCUCCCCAACAUCGGCAGGACCGCGGCGCCCGGCGAUGCCGCAGGCUCAACCCGCAGCGGCUCUGCCAAACCGAAGGGCACGUGGCCGUCGCGGAAGGCACCGCCGCACCGGGAACUCCUCGCCAUCCCCUUCGUCUCGGCCGCCGCCCGCAAGAGGAAGAAGAGGAGAGAGGCCGAGGGUGUCGGGAGCAGCACCGACGAUGACGCGGAGCACAGGGAUGCCCCGGGCCGGGAGCAGGAGGACGAGGGGACUGCAGCCGCCCCGCCGGGCCCAGCUGGGAUGGAGCGGGAGAGCUCCCUGGAGCCCGGGGGUGCCGGGUCUGAGCCAGCGCCGGACGCCCGCUCCAUCGUGUCAGGCUACUCCACCCUGUCCACCAUGGACCGCAGCCUGUGCUCCGAGGUGCAUUCGGUGGCCGGGAGCCGCGGGGAGGAGGCGGACGAUGAGCGCAGUGAGCUCAGCCACAUGGAAACGGACACGGAGAGCCGGGAGGGUCUGGUGAAACUGGUGGCGUGA